AUGUCUUCGGGCAAAAAAAUUCGAAUAAAACUUCAGGGGGCUUAUCCAUAUCCUCCUGCGGACAAACCUCUAAACACUCUUACAAUUCACGAAAAACUAAUGAAGGUUGGUCGACACAUGCCUUGCUCACAAAAAGUUCCUACUUCGUCGAGUGGCCAAUGCGACUGUGUUGGUUGGAAACCAAACCCAGCGGGUAGUAGUCGUGCGGAUUCGUGCUCUUGUGGUCACCGCCUAAGUUCUCAUGGUGGAAUUCAAGAUGAAGACUUUAACAGGCGCCUUGAUAUAGCCAUGAAAAUUGAUAAAUACCUCAAAGAUAAAAAUAAGCUAUUAGAUUUUGCAUAUGAAGACGAUGAGAGAUUAAAACAAAGUGAAGAAGAAAACGCACCAUCCGUUGAGUAUCCUGAAGGUCUUCCUGAAGAUCUCGAAUUUCGGUGCAUCACCAACGAUAAUACCCGUGAAAACUUGAUUUUGCUCACAAAUCUGAAAAAGGUGUUUGCCACCCAACUACCAAAUAUGCCUAAACAUUACAUCGCACGAUUGACUUAUGAUAAGGCUCAUUAUAGUGUUGUGCUUAUUCGACCAACGAAUACUGGUAAUAAAAUGUCAAAAGUUAUCGGAGGUAUCACGUAUCGUCCAUUUCCCGAGCAGAAAUUUGCAGAAAUUGUGUUUUGCGCUAUCGAUGCACAAGAACAAGUUCGAGGUCAUGGAUCGCGUUUAAUGAAUUAUUUUAAAGACUAUAUAAGAGCUACAUCGGACAUCCAACAUUUUAUGACUUAUGCAGAUGAUUUGGCUGUUGGCUUCUUUAAAAAGAAUGGAUUUACCACCGAAAUCGAUCUAGAUCAGGGAGUUUGGGUGGGAUAUAUUAAAGAUUAUACUGGAGGAACCUUAAUGCAGUGUUCAAUGCUUCCGAGAAUAAAAUAUGUUCACGUGAAAAAAAUUCUCGAAGCUCAACGUCAAGCCAUCAAGAAAAAAUUAGAAGAAAGAUACACCUCAGCAAAAGUUUAUCCUGGUUUGCAACAAUUUAAAGAAGGUGCGCAGCACAUUGAUCCGAUGGAAGUUCCCGGCAUUAAAGAAUCAGGAUGGACCGCACAAAUGGAAGAUCAAGCUAAACAAACCAAGCACUUGCCACAUUAUCCUGUGAUGGUUACCGUACUACAAGCGCUUCGAAAUCACCGGUAUGCAUGGCCGUUCCAAGAACCAGUUAACGCGGAAAUAGUUCCCGACUAUUAUCACAUUAUCAAAAACCCAAUGGAUUUACAAACUCUCAAACAAAACAUGGAGAACGAUAAGUAUCCCACAAUCCAUGAAUUCUCGAAUGAUGCACAACGCAUAUUUGAUAACGCACGUCAAUAUAAUUCACCAUCGACAAUCUAUGUCAAAGCUGCUGAUGAGCUUGAAGAAUUUUUUUGGAAUAAAUUGUAUGAAGAAGGCGUGCGAGAAGGCUCUAUCGACAAGCAAAAAUUAGGAUCGGCUUGCUUCGCACCAAAAAAAGAAUAG